AUGUCCCAGCCAUCCACAAGUAAUACGGGUUCCGAAACGCGACCCGUCGAACGACCUAUAACCGCCAGUCAUAUCGGCAUGACCGUUGGUCCAUCAAGGCAUAACCCUGUUGGGAAAUUUGUUCGAUCGCCACCAGCUCGUGCUCUGACACCACCCGAUGACAUCAGUAUGGACAGUGAGCAUGAACCUUCGAUAUCGACCGGGUCAUUGGGUAGAAACAACAAAGUUGCUCCUCAAUAG